CAAGAUGGCGGACACAGAUGGAGGGCAGGUACUCCCCUGUAUUUACGAAUAAAUUUGAGCAUAUAUCAUUAUCAGUUUGGUUAAAUGAAGUGAAGUGGAUGAAGGGCAGCGUAUAUCUUUUGCCAAGUGAAUGAUGAAGGACAGUGAAGGAAAAUAUGAAUAAUUGUUAAAAGACGUCGUAUUUCAACGCAACAAUGGCAGACGAUCUGUUCUUCUAUCGUCAGACGACCUUUCGGCGGACGCCAAAGCGCUUUCGGAAAACACCCGAAGAGCUUCCACAGAGCUUGAGGUUUGCUCAUCUUAACCCAAAAGUAGCAGCAUUUUUGGCCAACAAAGAAAAAGAAGCUGGUCAGAAUAAAGAAGAAGAUGGAUUUGAAGGGGAGUUGGAAGGAGAGCAACAGACAGCGGAAGACGUACAGUUGAAGAAAAGUUUACUUCCAGAUAUAAAUCAGGCUUUCAGUGCCUUAAAGAAUAGACUAGACAUUGCUCUAGACCAUGAUGAAGACUCACAAAGAUAUCUCUUUGAAGAAACUAAGUUUUCAGCACCAAAUAUUCUUUUCCAAUUGGCUAAAGUUUUAUACUUAUUUGAAGGUACAGAACCAUAUUUGCCAAAACAUUUAUAUCAUGCGUUGCAAUCAACUUAUGCAGAUUUGAUUGUAGAUGUUUCAUAUGUGCCAAGAGAAUGGCAAGUACAGGCAAAUAAAAAAGAAGCAGACAGAGAGGCUGCUCGUCAACAAAAAGAGAAAGAAAAAGCAGAAAGAGAACAAAAGGAAAGAGAGCAAGAAAUGUUGCAGCAAAAACAGUCUGAAAAAACAACAGAGGAGGAAGGCAGUGGUGCUGAGGAUGCCUCCAAAAACACUGGGGAGGACAGCAAACGACGGAGACGAGAGUCAAAAGUCGAACUGGAGCAUAUAUCUGAAGUUACUGAAAGUCGCACAGGUUCCAGGUUGAGAACUGCUGACAGUGGAAGUGUAGCUGGUGACAUGACAUUGCCAUCUUCAUUGGGGUAUCGGAAGGAAAGCUCUGUUCGCAGAGCAAGUACUGGUGUUCCUAAGCCAAAAUCUAGACUUGACAAGUUCAGAUUGAACAUGUCAGAUUCCAGGGGAUCAUUCACAAAUGUUCCAUCUAGUGCACCUCCACUAAAGCAGCAGCCAAAAGAGAGUGCCACCUCAGUGGUAGAGGCGCCCUCAGAAACUAAGUCUGUCACAAACCAGCCAUAUACUGUCUCAACAAUACAGUUUAUGCUUUCCAAUAAGCAGUGUGACGAAAAGGGUUGGAUUGUGCACCCAGACAUCAAAACUGACACAGAGAAAGAGACGGUGCUAAUGUGGGCCACACACAGACUGCAGCAGGCCAGGAUACAGGGCAAAGAGCAACUUAUCAAAGAGAAAGAAAUGGGUUUGGAUAAGCCCAGUAUUAUCCGUUACUAUGGAGACACCAAGAAAGAGGCAAUAAAUAAAAUGCGUAAGGGAAGCAGCAAAGGAGUGUCUUCUGGGGCAUCUAGCACCCAGCCAUUCCUGCCUACAGUCCCUGUGUUAGAAUGGAAGGAAACCAGGAAGAUGUACAUGUGCUCGAUGGCUGAUGGCUCAACAACAUUGUUUUACCCAUCUGGCAGGAUGGCAGUGGUGACCACGCUGGCAGGGCAGAGUGAAGGGAAGAAAACAUAUUACACCGUGGCAUAUGAAGACAAUGCUGAGCUGACCAUGCUUGGGUGCUUUACUCCUCAGGGGAAUGCUACCUGCUAUCAUCCCAAUGGAGUAGUUAGAUUUCUUGCCAAUGCUGAAGGUGGUAGCAUGAGUGACACCUAUGGUUCUGUCAUCAAGCGGUGGCAGUGGCCACCAGCCCAUGGAAAGCUGCCCAUUCCAGUAAUUAUUCAGCUCAAUAACAACCUGACCUUCCGCUGCUCCAGUCACUCCAAAUUGGAGCUGUUCUUUAGUGCCAACAAGGAAACUGUCAAGUUUAAAGUGGGCCUGCAAUCUGGGGCUGCAGAGGUGGAGGAUCUGGGUCAAAUGAUGUCUGGUCUGAACCUCAGCUCUUUGGCAGCCAAUGAGAAUCCAGCUGCAAAGAAAAAGAUGCCACAGAAAGCAAAGAAGCAGAUGAAGCCCAAGGCAGCAUUUGAGUUAAUAGCAUCAGGCAAGUACACUGCUCCAAUCAGUAACUUGAGAAAAUACCUGGAAUUCCCAGAGAAAGCCGAGUAUGAUGAAGUAUCUGGUCAGCAGCUUGCAAGAUUGCAUAGAAAAGUCAAAAACCUAGCAGAUGACUGGUUAGAGCACUAUCGGGUAUCACUGGGAAUACUGUCACCAGAUGUGAAGAAGAUGGAUAACACUCCAGCCUCCAGGAAACGUGACAUCAGGUCUGCUGUUGACAAGAUUUCUAAUGUUGGAAAGUGCACCACUCCUCUGCCUUCUGCAGACAUUGACAACAGGGCACAGUCAGCUAUGGCAGGUCACCAGAAAGAGCGUCUGAGCAGUGCCGCCAGUUCCCGCUCCACCCAGCCCUCUGUAGGUGCCAUGGCUAGCAAGGUGAAGUUCGAGGAAGGUGAUGCUGACCUGGACCAGGAUGAUGACAGCGAGGCAGGAGACAAGGAGUCCAUUGCCAGGAGUUCUCCUUUUCCAAGAUCUCUGGGCAGCGCGUCAUCACGUCCUUCUGCCACAUUCAAGGUGAAGCCAAAUUCAAGUCAUCAGGCUGUCCGUCCUGUAUCCACCAAGGUGACCAGUACUGGCCCUCUUCAACACUGGCCAGUCCCCAUGAACUCUUGCCCAGUUGCUCUGCAUGCUGAGCUGAUGGGGGAUCAGAGAGCCAUCUGCAGGUGUAAUAGACACAGGGUACCUUACAUCACAGACCUGGAGUUUGAGGACUUCAUCAAGAACCAAGUGCCAGUCAGGCAACUCAUUGUGCUCUCUAUAUGCUCAUCUCUGUACCCCCAGUCCAGUCCAUGUGAUGCUAUGCUGGAGCAAAUCCACAGCGAGAGGAACCGGAACCGCACACGACCCUGUCUUCAGUGUCGCAAUGAUCCAUACCGCAUUCUCAAGUAUGAUGUGGCAACUGCAGCAUUCGAUUCCUACCACUCACAGCCUCUUCUAUUGGCCAGGCACAACGUGGUUCCAGGGAUGUUCUUGAUCUAUCAGGGUGGCCAGUUGUUGUUCUGUGAUCACAUAUUCAAUGGCUAUGGCAAUGCCAGGAAAGACUUCCAGAAACAGCUGAUGAAAACCAUGAGAGAUGCCACACAGGGUCAUAGCCUGCCAAAAGAUUUCAGGUUCAGUCCAUUGAAGGGUCAGCAUGGCAUGCGUGCUGCUUGGGGUGGGGAGAUAGGGGGAGCUGGUGUAGACCGCCAAGGCAACCCGGGCACUGCAGUCAGCAUAAGGAGCCAGUCAUCCAAGUCUUUUGUGGAGAAGAACUUGUCCAGUGACACUGUGAACACCAAUGAUAUGCCUAUUGAUCAUUUUCUGAGACUUCACCAGGAUGCUCCCACAACUUCCACCCAGCUGGUAGCCUUUACCCUGUCUGCAGGGAGCCCCCUGGCUAAAGGGGACAGUACCAGACACGUGGACACCUCACCCCACAGGGGAGGGACAUACAUGGGCAAGCCGGUCACUGCACACCUGACCAGACCUAUUCGGACAUCGCUGACCAGAACUCAGAGUGUCAAGUGAUGGUGUGAUGAUUUAUGUAUGGAGUAAAAAGAAAAGUGACAUAUGACAGCUUUUCAUAACAAUAAGGCAUUGUAUUGACUGUGGGAUGGUGUGUGAAAGGAAAUAGUCAUCUUGCUGGCCAUAACAGAGUGUAAUAUUCAAAAAUAAGUGCUUCUGUCUGGGUUUUUAUUGUAAUUGGACAAUGUGGAAUCUCUAUGUGUGACACUUCAUAAUGAGACCAAACAUUAAACUAUACGAUAAAAACAUGUGUAGAAUAAUUCAGGAAUGAAGAGGUUUCCCCUCUUUUUAUGUAAGACUUAACAAAGUUGCUUAAAAAAAUUAAAAUUAAUUUAAAAGAUCAAAAACGGGGGGAGGGGGUGGUGUACAGGAGGGUAGGGUCUCCUUUUUAUUGUUCUGUUCCAUUCAUAGUGAUACCAAAGUACAUGUAGAGAUGUUCAUAUUUAACUGAGGCCUUCUCCUGGAUUUUCAACUGUUUUUUUUUCAGUUUGUACUUUGAUAACUGUUUGAUUUGUAUGUUGAUAUAAGUGUCUGAGCACAAUAUAAAAUGAUGCCUUUAUUAUUAUUAUUAUUAUGUUUCUGUGAUAUGAAAGAUUGCUAUUAUUAUUUGUUUAUUUAUUUAUUUUUAUUGUCAUUUUUUAAAAUAUUUUAAACAGUUGUGCUAAAGUAAGUUGUUUGUAAUAACAGAUCAGAAGAAAAUGUUUUAGAAAAUCAAAACAAUUUUCACGUACUUCACCUAAAGAAAAUCCAAUAGCACAAUGAACAAUAUACAUAUGCACUGAAGAUUCAUUUCGUGGUUCACCUUAGAUAUUUAGUGACUGUUGUACCAGUCCAAAUAUCUACUUCUACUUGUAAAAAUGUGAAAAUGUGAUAUUUUGGAUGCAUUAAUUAAACUACUUCAUUAGAAUUAUUACAAGUAGACAAGAAUUGUUUUUAUUAUGAUUGAUAUUUGAGGUAGAAGUUGUUAUAAUGCAUUACAUUUGUAAUCAUGGCUAGAAUGAUCAAUUUACGUUUUUGUGUACCUUUUCAAAAAUAAAUUAUUUCCUUCUGUUCUGAUAUGCUGUUUCACAUAUCAUUAUUUAUGGAUCUUUUAUAUUCAAAUUCACUGUUACUUGUCAUGUUUUUUCAUCUUAAACCUGAAAUAACUUCAAAGGAAGAAAUAUGCUCCCAUGACAUUUUUUAAUAAAUUCAUGGUCAGUA